CCGGUGGCAGACGGUGAUUUCCCGGCUCCCGAGACGUCGCCGUAGAAAUUCAGCCCUCGGCUACGGGCACGCCCGGGACUGCGGGAUGGCCGGAGAACGCAAGGCGGGUGCAGGCCUGGCCGCCCCCUCCGCGGAGGACCGGCCGGGGGUUCUGGUCGUGAAGGUGGAGCGGGAGGACCGCACCUCCGCGGCUGCUGCAGCCGGUGCCCCGGACCACCCCGCUCUGGGCCCCGAGCGCUCCCGCCAGCGCUUCCGAGGGUUCAGCUACCCCGAGGCCGCGGGGCCGCGGGCGGCGCUGGGCCGGCUCCGGGAGCUGUGCCGCCUGUGGCUGCGGCCCGAGACGCGCAGCAAGGAGCAGAUCCUGGAGCUGCUGGUGCUGGAGCAGUUCCUGACCAUCCUGCCCGGGGAGCUGCAGGCCUGGGUGCGGGGGCAGCGUCCCGAGAGCGGGGAGGAGGCGGUGCUGCUGCUGGAGCAUCUGGAGAGCCCGCGGGACCCGCCCCGGCCGCAGGUUCCAGGUGGUGACCAGGGCCGAGAAGUCCUCUGUUACAAGAUGGCCGUGUGGACACCAGCUCCCAGGUCACAAAGUACGCCGUUCCAGCCCAUGAAGCCUCUGCUGAAGCGUGACUCUCUGGGACCCCAGGCCUCCCCAGACCGAGUUCCCCAGGUUCCUGAGUGGGCCCCGGCAGGGCGCUGCAGAGGAGACGCGGUGGUAGCAGCCAGGCCCACCCCAGAGUCCCAGGGGCUGCUGAAAGUGGAAGAUGUGGCCCUGCCUGUGCCCCCCGGAUGGACACAGCCGGACGCGCCCCGAGAGGAAAGGCAGGGCUGCGGCAGCCCGGGCCCCCGGGGUGGGGACCUGCGGCCUCAGCUGACCGGCUCGCCUGGGGAGGAGGCCGCCCCGGAGCAGGAGGCUGGGCAGAGCCCCGGCGCCCCGGGGGAAGCUGCGGGCCAGUUGUCCCCCUGCGCGGAGGCUGAGCGCGCAGUACCGGCCCGGGGCGCGCAGAGGCCGGUGGGGCGCCGGCGGCACGUGUGCCGCGAGUGCGGCAAGAGCUUCGCGCAGAGCUCUGGGCUGACCAAGCACCGGCGGAUCCACACCGGGGAGAAGCCGUACGCGUGCGAGGCGUGCGGCAAGACCUUCAUCGGGAGCUCGGCCCUGGUCAUCCACCAGCGCACGCACACCGGCGAGAAGCCGUACGAGUGCGGGGCCUGCGGCAAGGUCUUCAGCCACAGCUCCAACCUCAUCAAGCACCAGCGCACGCACACCGGCGAGAAGCCCUACGCGUGCGGGGCCUGCGGCAAGACCUUCAGCCAGAGCUGCAGCCUGCUGGAGCAUCACAAAAUCCACAGCGGGGAGAAGCCGCACCAGUGCCUCGCGUGCGGCAGGGGCUUCACGCGGACGUCGUACCUAGCGCAGCACCAGAGGAGCCACGUGGGGAGAGGAAUCCCGCCCCAGUGAGCGCCCCCCGCCGCCGGGCUCUGCUGAGCCCUCCGGGGUGUCUGGGCGCCCCGCACCGGCCCCCCGAGAGCCGGGGGCUUCCUUCCCCGACAGCCAAAGCUCUUGGUCAGAGAAGUGGAUUCUGGCCAAGACGGGUGAGCCGCUGCAUUCUGGAAGGUGACUGGAGGCACCUGGUUUCCGGGAGGCUGGUGCGGGGCGCCCAGACACCCCGGAAGCCCCUCUCCCCAUGGCUCCUCUCACCCGUUGGCCAGCCUGUCCUCCCAGCCAGCGCUUCCCGCCAGCCCGGUGGCCUGUGGGCUGCUGCUCUGGGCACAUCACACAUGCUGCCCGGCAGAAACCUGCGCCAGGUGAUGGGCGGGGGCCCCGUGCGCCCUCCCAUCAUGGCUUCCCUGCAGGUGCUUUCAUCAUUUACUAAAUGCGCCGUGAAAGGGCACUCAGCAUUCUGAAGCCCAAUGUGGUCGAGACUUCUAAGGCGUUUCUCACUGAGGCCACUUGUGUUUUGCUCCAGUUCCCAAAGGUUCUAGAUUCCAGGUGGCUGUGCAGUCAUCCCAGGCCGGGCAGGCUCACUGUUGGUUCGGGCAAACGGAAAAAGAAUCUUGGAGCCUAGGUAUACCUGAUGUGCCUUUACGCUGGGGCACUGGCCCGGCUACUCCGGCAAGCAGCAACUGCGUGGAGUCCACCCUCUCCCCCACCCCCAUCUCCACGCUGUCCUCCAAGCUCAGCCAGGGUGUCUGUAACGACAGGUGAAUGAACCCUGCGCUCUGGCUCUGGGCGUGGCUGUAAUUACGGUGUGUGCCGCUGCUUCCAGUCCUAAGUGCUUUCUUACGGUAACGGCAUCACAUGUGGGAGUGAAACCGGAGAAGGCAGAGCUCUGGCGGUGACUGCACAGACCGGCAGUGAGGUUAAAAGGAGCCUGAGUUAGCCCACGCUCCUCACACAGUCCAAUCUAGUGUAUUUAUCGCCGAGUACAUAUGGCUGUUAGAUGGGGAGGGGUCCAUCUUUCUUGUCAACCUAAGCCUUCUAGUAAGAAUGCCUUAACCUUCUGCAUAAGACAUCAUAAGACAGCUCUACCCAUGGAACCCCACUCUUGGCUGCUUAUUUCACAUUUUCCAUUCUUUGGAGAGUAACCCUUCGUGUUCAGGUAAAUAGAAGUCAAGGCAGAGAUCACUGACUGUGGAUUUGGAUAUAAAUUCUGUGAUGCCCAACAGCUCACUGCUCACCCUCUCCUGAUCUUGGCCCCACGAACACCGGGACACCUUCCUCCCAACUUGGACCCAACACUGCACCCAGGCUUUGCAAACUAAGUUUAAUUUCUUGCAGUUCACAGGCUUCACGUCAACUACUGGUAACAGGUGUCAUCCGUGUAUUCAAAACUGCUCUGUGCUUUGAGGACAGGCAGACAGGUCAGAGGCAGCCAAGGAGAGGUGCUCGAAUAUGGGCAGGAGGAAAUGUGAGUGCUCAGUAGCUCAUGGGGAAUCCCGAGUAUCAGACAGAAAAGGUUCCACAAUAUCCAGGUGGUCAACAGGUGCAGUCACGACUGUGCUGUGCGUUUAUCAAAAUAAUUUUGUGAUUUCUCUUUUUUUUUCACCCAAACACCUGAUGAACUCUUCAAAGAUCGGUACCUUCUUCCUAGAUGUCUGUCUGUCACUGGCUUCCAGCUUCUCAGGCUCUGCAAGAAGAGUCUGCCUCUGAGGAAAUCCCUGACCUUUCCUGUCCUCAUGUCCCUUUUCUGGGUUCUUCCCAGAAGUCCCAUUCAAGUUAGGGACUUGAAUACCACAGGCCUCUCCCUUUGUCUCUUCCCCACAGGCUUCCAUAUCCGGCAUAUAAAGUGGAUACAGGGCCACCGUCAUGCUUUUGAAAAUGGCUUUAGGAAUGUAGUGUUGACUAGCCAGUCUACCUCAGGUCUCAACACAAGCCGUGCAGAACUCCAGUCCGCCUCCCUCUACAUGACGGACUAGCUGGUGAUCGCCAAUUUUUUCUACUUGGAUAGAACAAAAAGAGCUUUUGGUAAAUAGCCUUUCUAUACGCGUUCUCAGUUUUGAUAAAGAAGUAUCUAAUCCUGUAGAAGGUGGUUUCUUUGCUUUCUCCUCAUGGAAACAAUAAAUGGACUGACAGUUUACCUCAGAGUUGUGAGCAUCUGUGUAUCUAAAUAAAUGCUACAUAAGGCAGCUGAAAAUUUUGCUCUUGGUAGAGAAAUGGAAAUUUAACACUUCACUAGCCAAAACCUCUAAAUAAAGAGCAUCUUUAAAGUCUCUAUAACAGCAUUGUUCACUCUAUCUGUCAGCUGUGGUUCCAGCUCCGUUUUUCAUGAGAACUCUAAUAACUGAGUAAACUGGGUUUAUCUGCUUUUCUCCAAACACCCUUUUCCUCAUCAUAGCCAGGCUGGAUUCGAGGAGUUCAGAUGAGGAGCUGUCAUUCUGUCAGCUUUGUAUUCCGGUAUCCACUGUGCACAUUUUGAAACGAAGUUGCUGCUACAGGAAAAUGUUGGGAUGCCUACUUAUAUUCCUGCCUAUUCUGUGUAUUGUAUUAGGAAUUGGGUUGUCAUCCAAAUCCUCUGCAUUCCUCUGCAAAUCCUUGUUUUUAUUCCAACUGUAAGGCACUUCAAGGUUUUCAAAAACCUUGAGGGAAAAUCCCUUUCCUCUGGAUUCUUAGCACAACAGUCAGAAAGUCAGCAGUUUGAGGUCGGUGACCUUCCAGCUUUUCACCGUUUCCCUCUGUCCUCCCAUCAGCAGCGAGAGCCGGGGAGGGGAAGUCUGCAGUCUCCUAGAGCCGUUGAUGGCUCGGCCGGCCGGGAGCUGGCGUGGGUGAGACAUGCGAGAAACCUGCAGCCUGCCGGCAUCCUAUUCGAUGAGGGAAUCUGGAAAAGGACGUGCUCAGCGAGGUUUCUUUCUUCUGUAUUAUUAAAAUAAAUCAAGUUACCUCAGCACCUGUUGCUAGAAUGCCAAACACUCCUGCGCCCCCUUUUCCUAUGUUCACAGCCAUUCAGCCUGCAAACCCAAUCAUUUGUCACGGCUGUGCUGAGCCACUCCAGGAGUACAGCUGACAGUGAGUGAACACGCCCUUGACUCUGCGAGCGCCUCUGCCCUUGUGUGCUAAGUUUUCAAAUGUGGUCCUGCUUUCAAAGUAGAUUUAGAAGCUGGUCAUUUCUAAAGCAGCAUCUGUACUUCUGCCAGCCAGCCUGUGCCACUGCUCUCCCCGCGUGAACUUGGUUCAUCCCAUGAACCUCUGCUUCUUCCUCCAUCCCUGAGUCGCCUCUGGGCCAGCCAGAGCGAUCCUUUUAAAAUUUAAGUCAGCUCACACAUCCUUUCAUGCAAUACCCUGCACUGGUUUCUGUUUUCAUCCAGAUUAUCAGCCCAAGCCUUGCAGACACCAAUGGGGCUCUUCAGAAUGCCUUCCUGUUCCUCUGUCUCCCCUCCUUUCCCGCUGCCCCCCUGGCCCCAACACACUGGCCUCCCUGUUUCUUCAGUGACAGGCAAACAGCCACUUGGCUAACUUCUUCACCAAUACCCUUGCAUUCCACUCAAAUGCCUUCCUUUCAAGACGACCUUCUAUCACCUACUUGGCUAGGCCUGUUAGCACACUAGCCCCCUGAUCUUAUCCUGCUGUCUUUUGACAUUAUCGUUUUAUCACCUCUCGUACUUUAUAAUACACUUAUCAUGUCCAUUGUCUGACUCCCUCAACCACAAAGACAAAGCCCCACAAAGGCAGGGAUCUUUGUGUCUUACCAUGUAUCCCAAGCCCAUCAAGUAUGUCCAGUCAUACAGUAGGUGCUUAAUAAAUAUUUGUUGAAGACAGGAA